AUCAAACAUCACUUCGCAGUUGCAUCAAUUGCUUUUCGUUAUCAUCUGCUUGCUUCAACCUCUUGUCUACAAUAAUUCUUUCUCUGCUUCCAGCUUCUGUACCAACAACUUCUUCUCUACUUUGAACCCACCAUCCUUUUACAGUUCACCAGUGCUCGUCGCGAAGCGCUCUAAUCAUGGAUACCCUCGUCGCCCAGUACACUCAACCAUCAUAUGCUAACGAAGGCUUCGCCUCGGAAGAACAAGAUGACUACACCCAAAGCAUACCUUCCCUGUCGCUCAAGUUCGCCCUACCUCCAGUUGCUCGACCAUCCGCAUUCCUGCGCGCCACCACCGAUGACUACUCGAACCCAAACUGCCCCAUCAAGAUUGCACACGGUACCACGACGCUAGCUUUCAGAUUCAAGGGCGGUAUCAUCGUCGCUACAGAUUCAAGAGCCACAGCUGGAAACUGGAUCGCUUCUCAAACUGUAAAAAAGGUGAUCGAGAUUAACCCAAUGUUGCUCGGGACAAUGGCAGGAGGUGCUGCUGACUGUCAAUACUGGUUGGCCUACCUCGGAGUGCAAUGUCGUCUGCACGAGCUACGACACAAGCGACGAAUUUCAGUGGCAGCUGCGUCGAAGAUCCUGUCGAACUUGGUGUAUUCAUACAAAGGAAUGGGACUGUCGAUGGGUACUAUGAUAACAGGGGUUACACCUCAAGAAGGCCCUGCGUUGUAUUAUAUCGAUUCGGACGGGACAAGGUUAUCGGGUAACCUCUUCUGCGUCGGAUCAGGUCAGACAUUUGCCUACGGCGUGCUGGAUGCUCAGUACAAGUACGACCUGGAAGAUGAUGAGGCGCUCGAGCUGGGCAGGAGAAGUAUUCUGGCGGCUACACAUCGAGAUGCAUACUCUGGUGGUUACAUCAACCUGUACCACGUCAAGGAAGACGGUUGGGUCAAGCACGGCUUCUCAGACACAAACCCCAUCUUCUGGCAGACGAAGCUGGAAAAGGGUGAAUUCUCGAACGUGACGAGCGAGCUGGUCUGAUCGUUUUGAUUCGGCAGUGGCGUGAGCAUUCUGCUACCCGGCGUUCGGCUGGGAAAGCAGAUAGUGUACAACACAUACUUGAUCAGUGUGUAUUACCUAGGUAGACAGGGUUCUUCUUCCGGUGACUACGAUCACUGGCAAUGAAAGCGAUUCAUUUGACCAUCAC